UUACCAAUAAUUUAAGCAACCUUUGAUGCUAGCUGCGAGCUAGUACACGAUUAAAUGGAAAUGGAGUUAAGAAAGAUUUCACUGACCUUUUGUUUGAUCGGCUUAGCUCUAUUCCCGCAUACGGGUGCUAAAGAUUCAUUCCCAGAGAAAGUAAGUUAUCAUGAGAGGGUAGGUACUGUUAUUGCAGUACUUGCACCAAGCCCCAAUAUUCAGUUAUCUAGCAAUGCAACUAUCGUUGUUUUUCCAACUACAACAGCUGCGCAUGCACCAAGUCCAACUCACUCGCAAGAUUCACCACAAGCCUUCCUAAACGUUCACAACGCUGCUCGUGCGGCUGUUGGCGUUCAGCCCAUGACUUGGGACAAUAGCGUGGCAGUCUAUGCGAUAGACUAUGCCAACCAGAGGAGUAAUGACUGCAAGCUUUUGCAUUCAGGAGGGCCUUAUGGUGAGAAUCUUGCAAUGAGCACCGGUAACCUUUCUGCAACUGAUGCUGUGGAAAUGUGGAUCGAUGAGAAAACCGAUUAUGACUUGAAAUCUAAUACCUGUGCUUCAGGCCAUACGUGUGGCCACUAUACUCAAGUGAUCUGGGCUACUUCAACUCGUCUUGGAUGUGCAAAAGUAGGAUGCGGUCAUGGGGGUACUUUUGUUGUUUGUAACUAUGAUCCUCCGGGUAACUUUGUUGGCGAGCGUCCAACUGAUUGGAAUCAAUCUAUCAUUGGAGUAGUCGCACCAAGCCCUGAUUCUGCGCCACAUUUCUUCCCUUCGAAAGAAAGAAAGGACAUGAAAGGAUUAGUGGUGGGGGUAGUCGUUGGAGCUUGGGCUUUGAUUCUUGGCCUAGGUUUCAUUUGGUUCAUUUCGAGGAGAAAAAGACACAAGGACAACAAAUUAGAUGAUCACAUAAAUGAUGUCUUCUUUGCCGGUGGGUUUCAAACUGGAAUUGGACCUAAGAAAUUUUCCCUCGUAGAAUUAGUUAAAGUGACAAGUAAGUUCAAAGAUGAACUAAAACUAGGAGAGGGAGGGUUUGGUGCAGUUUAUAGAGGGUAUUUAAGGGAGUUGGAUACCUAUGUUGCUGUUAAGAGGGUUUCAAAGGCCUCUAAGCAAGGAAUCAAGGAAUAUGCAUCUGAAGUGACGAUCAUUAGCCGAUUGAGGCACAAGAAUCUGGUCAAGCUUAUUGGUUGGUGUCAUGAAAAAGGGGAACUGAUACUGGUUUAUGAGUUCAUGGCCAAUGGCAGCCUAGAUGCUCAUCUUUUCAAAGGCAAAAGCUUAUUGACCUGGGAGGUGAGAUUUAAAAUUGUGCAGGGCUUAGCAUCAGCUUUGUUCUAUCUACAUGAGGAAGGAGAUCAUUGUGUGCUACACAGGGAUAUAAAAACUAGCAACGUUAUGUUAGAUUCUAGUUUCAAUGCUAAACUUGGGGAUUUCGGGUUAGCUAGGUUAGUCGAUCAUGGAAAGGGGUCACGAACCACUCUGUUGGCCGGGACUAUGGGCUAUAUGGCACCUGAAUGUGUUUCUUCAGGAAAAGCUAGUAAGGAAUCAGAUAUUUACAGCUUUGGAGUUGUCGCAUUGGAAAUUGCAUGCGGUAGAAGAUCAAUAGAGCCCAAAUAUGAAGAGUCUCGGGCCGCAUUGGUGGCCUGGGUGUGGGACUCUUAUGGAAAGAAAAGGCUGCUUGAUGUGGCAGACGAGAAAUUGUGUCUGGACUUUGAUACUAAACAGAUGGAAUGCCUGCUAAUGAUUGGACUGUGGUGUGUCCAUCCAGACCACAAUUUAAGACCUUCGAUAAGGCAGGCAAUUCAGGUCCUUAAUUUUGAGGCUUCAUUGCCAAAUCUUCCAGGUACGAGGCCUACUCCCAUGUAUGAUGUAGCUACGGCUACUGGACUUAGAGCAAGUGAACCAUAUUUUUCUACUUUGACUAUAACAGUCCCGCGUUAAAUUGAUUAAUUAGUUUGUGUAACCAAAUUUACCUGUCACAAACUUUUCUCUUUUCUCUUUCUAAAAUUAGAUUUGGUGGUACAAUUACGUGACAGCAUUUUUCCAUGGAAACUAUGCCACAUUAUAUUAUUGGCGGAUGAA